AUGCCUCGUGGUCAUAAAAGUAAGCUCCGGGCGCGUGAGAGACGUCAUCAAGCCCGAAGUGAAAGCCGGUCUAUUCAAGAAGCUCAGGCCACUAAAGCAGAAGAGAGAGAGACACCUUCCUCCUCUUCUCCCCUUUGUAGUAGUGCCAAGAACAAAGAUGAGAAGAGAUCAAGCACUUCCCGGGCACUGCCCUCAACUAGUUAUUCGUCUUCAACCCAGAGAGAUGACCUUGCAGUUUCACUGGUACUGUUCAUGCUUCGAAAGUAUAACAACAGGGAGCUAAUAACAAAGGAAGACAUACUAAAGCAGGUCAUCCCACAGAGCAAGGAAGAGUUCCCCAAAGUUCUUAAGAAAGCCUCUGAGCUCAUGGUGCUGGCCUUUGGUAUUGAUGUUAAGGAAACUGACCCAACCAGACACUGCUAUGGCCUUGUCAGCAUAUUAAGUCCUAUUGGUGAUGAAAUUAUGCAUGGUGAGGCAAUAAUGCCCAAGAGUGGCCUCUUGAUGAUAAUCCUGUGUGUGAUCUUCAUGAAUGGCAACUGUGUUAAUGAGGAAUAUGUCUGGAAAGUGCUUAGUGAGAUGGGGGUACAUGUUGGAGUCAAUCACUUCAUCUAUGGAAAUGUCAAGAAGCUCAUCACUAAAGACUUUGUGAGUGAGGGGUACCUGGAGUAUCGGCGGGUACCCUUCAGAGGUUCUCCAUGUUAUCAAUUCUUGUGGGGUCCCCGGGCCCACUAUGAAACCAGCAAAAUGAGAGUCCUUGAGUUUCUGGCCAAGGUCCAUAACACUGUUCCCAGUGCCUUUCCAUCCUUGUAUCAGGAGGCUGUGAGAGAUGAGCAAGAGAAAACCCGAGCCAGAUUUGCAUCUAUGAUUCUUUUUGGCAUCAUAGCCAGUGCACAGUCCAAUGUCAAUUCCAGCAAUUCCUCCAACCAGCACUGA